AUGCCACUUGAGAAACAACCUGUUCGAUACACAUUUCAUUUGGCAAAUCCUGGUAAUUCUUCUAUCAUUGUUAAACAAUAUCCAAAAAAACUUACCUAUGAUAUUGCAAAUGAUGAAGUGCAUCUAUAUCAUCUUGUAUAUGAUCCCUUUGAAUUAGUUGAUUUGAUCAAUCUCGAUUAUAAAAUUACAGCUGCACAUCCAUCAUGGGUCAAUGCAUGUAUUGGAAAAUAUUGGAUGCGAACAUCGAAAGGGCGUUGGACCAAUGAAUACUUAAGAAUUUAA